AAAGCAAAAAGUCGAGGGGGUAUCAUCGUGAAAGACAUCUGGGAAGAGUCGGAUGACAACGGAACAAUCCGCAUGGCUGUCAUCCAGACGUACGGAGACACCACCCACACUCUGAUCGACCGCGCCAACUACAAAGGAGAGUUCCUCCCGGGAUUUGUCCGAGUUCCCAACAAGGAUCCACUGACGAAAAUUUUACCUAAGGUGGGCCUGAUGCAUAUUGACCACAUCGUGGGGAACCAACCAGACCUGGAGAUGAACGGAGCUGUCGACUGGAGUACGUGGACUACUACGGAGGGGCGGGUGUGCAGCACAUCGCUAUGAGGACCAACGACAUCAUCAAAACGAUUUCAAACCUCCGGGAAAGAGGCCAGCAGUUUCUGGAGAUCCCAGACACCUACUACAAAAAUCUCCGCGAAAAUCUGAAAAAUUCCAAGGUCAAGGUCGUUGAGGAUCUGGAUGUUCUCCAGCGUCUGCACAUCCUCAUUGACUACGACGACAACGGCUAUCUGCUGCAGAUCUUCACCAAAAACAUGCAGGACCGGCCCACGGUGUUCCUGGAGGUCAUUCAGAGGAAUAACCACCAG